AUGAUCGAGGCCGACGCCGGCGCCCCCUCCCCUCGGGCCGCCGCCAAGCACCUCUUAUCCGCGGCCCCCGGCGGCAGGCGGGCGCCCGCGGCCACGCCUAACAGCAGCGGUGUCGAUGGCAGCGGCACGGGCGAGCGCGCGUGGGACCCGUAUGCCCCUGUGGCGGGGAUGGAGCUGUGGCUGCCGCUGCGCUUCGAGCAGCAGCCCGCGGCGGCCGCGCGCGUCGGCGCGGCGCUCGAGAUAUUCGGCUUUCUCAGGGAGCGAGGGGUGGCCGUGCGCGACGACGCGGCGCUGGCGGCGGCGCUGCAGGCGCUCAGGCUCUGCCGCCACGGAGAGGACGCGCGCGCGUCAGGCAUCCUGCCCCGGCUGGUGGGGGCGGCCCUAGCCCUGGGCAUCACCCCCGGCCCCAGAACCCUCAGGGCGCUCCUCAAAAUCUGCGCUGACCUGGACGCCCGCGCCGCCCUCGGCCCAUUUGCGUCCGCCGCGUCGCCGGCCGCGAGCGUCGCGGGGGUCACCCUGCAAGAUGCGCUCGCGCGCGCGCGGCUGCUGCUGGCCGAUGCCCGCGGCGGCGGCGGCGGCAGGAGUGUCGAGGGCUGCGGCGGUGCGGCGGCGGGGUGGGAGGGGAGUGGUGGGGCCGGCAUCGGGGAGGAGUGGCGGUGGGAUGGCGCUGGGGAGGCGGAGCAGCUAGCAGCGGCGCUGCUGCGGACACUGGCCUUCCAGGCAACCUUUGGCGGGGGCGGUGGCGGUGGCAGCAGCGGCGGCGGCGCGGGGGGCGCGCUGGGCGCCUUGCACGGCGAGGCGGCGGCGGCGCAGGCAGGGGAGCAGCAGUUGGAGGCGGUCGCUGAGUAG